GCCGCGUGUCUGCUCAGAUCUGUCUGUGUCACACUGACCCUCAGCGCUACAGAGCCUUCAUGUGUUUCUCUCUGUGGAUACUUCACACUCCACAGACCUGAGCAGUUUGGAGCAGUCCACCAGCAUGAGUUUGAUGGACAUAUCUAAGAUCUUUUCUCUUCUCCAACCCAAAGAGGAUGAGGAGGAAGACACCAGCUGCAGUCAGGAACUCAAUCAGGCCGUGUUUAAGGAUGACGACAAACUCCUGUCUGAUCUCCUGUCUCAGGAAAAGUACAGGAGGUGCAUCAACCACCGCAGCGGCUGGGGCGUCCCGGUCACUCCGCUGCGUACGGCCGCCUCUCAGGGUCACCUGCGCUGUCUGGAGGUGCUGCUGGCUCACGGGGCAGAGGUCGACAGCCUGGACGUCAAAGCUCAGACUCCACUUUUCACGGCCGUCGCCGGCAAACACCUGGACUGUGUUGUCGCGUUAUUGAAAGCUGGCGCCGACCCUAACGGCAGCCCGUAUAACAACUGCUCUCCUGUGCUCACCGCGGCCAGAGAGGGCGACCUGGACAUCCUGAGGGAGCUCCUGCGACACAAAGCCGAUGUAGACGUCAAGCCCAAAAUGCCCGACUGGGCCUCGAACGCCACGGCCUGCCGAGGGCCGCUCUACAUUUCAGCUUGUUACGGCCAUCUGGAGUGCUUCAAACUGUUACUGCAGCAUGGAGCAAACCCAGACUACAACUGCACUGAAGAAAAGAUGCUGAGCCGGAUCAAACAGCCUAAAACUGUGCUGGAGAUGUGUCUUAAAUACGGCUGCGGGCCCCAAUACAUUCAGCUGCUCAUAGACUUUGGAGCAAAUGUCUAUCUGCCCACUUCAGUCGCAGAUAAAACAACCAGACAGAAUGAAGCAGUGAUGCUUCUGCUCAAAGAGAGAGUUUGUCCAAAAACACUGAUGUCUCAGGCGCGACUUUCUUUAUGGAAGUUCCUUCCAGUGGAAAACAAAAUGUGCUGCAUAGAUUGCCUGGAUAUUCCCAAAAUACUGAAGGACUAUUUGAACCAUGUAUCUUAAUUUUUCUGUUUUUCAUAUUUUUUCCUUCUUUUUCUCAUCUCUUCUCUUUUGUGAAAAAUAUAUCUUAAGAUUUGACUAAUUUAAUUUUCCCUUUUUGUAAAAUGUUGUAUUAUGUAUAUUAUAAAAUGGUCUGUAUUACAAACUCUAAAUGCUACAGAUAAUGUAGCAUUUAAUGGAAUAUUUUAUUAUUUUUUAAUAAAAUAUUAAUGAAUAUGUGGUUAAUGCAACAGUGCAGUAGGUUAUGUUCUUCUUUGGUUGAUGUGAUGUAGAGUGAAUAAGGGAGGAAGAUCAGCUCUGCCCUCUAAUGGUUGAAAACAUUACCAAAGUCUGCAGCUGAACUGCCGUCCUGCGGAUCUUCAACAAAAUGAUUUAUUUCCUGUAGUCACAUCCCUGACCCGCUCUGAAGGAUGAACAGCAUUUUAGAAGAUCUCAGAAAAAAUAGUAAACCAGACUGAAAUAUAUUUAUAAAGUAUAUUAUUCAUGUGAUCUUGCUGGAGUAUAGGCUACUACAUGUCAAAUUGUUAUAUGCAGUUUAGUUGAAUGGUGUAAUAAUUUAAGAUGGGGAAUUCUGCCUCUAGAAUGUCUUCCAGUUGCCUUUUAUGCUUAAACAUCACUUAAAAUACUUUUUUUCCCCCCCAAUCAUUUUGUCCUUUAACAAACAUUUACUACAUGAUGUGCAAUUUUGUUGCAGCUCCAAAUAUAAAUGAAUAAAUGAAUGAAUAAUAAUAAUAAAAAAAACUAUUUGUUAUAAUAGUCAAGUCCACUUAAUUAUACAGUGCUUUCCACAAUUCACAUUGUUAAUGUGACAUCUGUGAGGUGUAGUGACAGCCUAAUUAUUUUUAUUUUAUUUUAUUGUAUUUUACUUAGUUUAGAUCUAUUUUCCUCAAAAAGUGCCUCAUUUCCGUAUUGCCAGCAGAGGUCUCUGUUACCACAGCAGUGAUCAUUAUUUACCAUAGUAACUCUGAUCAGUUGAUUGUUAAAUACGCUGCUCUUCCUCUCACAUGCAUUAUUGAAAUCUGUUAACAGUUCAUUUUCCUUUGUGUCUAUACCACUUUAUUACUGUAUUAUGUGUAUUAUAUACAAGUGUCCCAUAUGUCAUGCAUUGUGAAGGAUACAUGUUUGCCAUUAAAACAUUAAUCUUGGUUUCAUCUAACUUGGUAUUUGUCAGACAACAAUAAGAUGCUGUUUUAUAAAAGAAAAUCAUUUCAGCACUUCUCAGUCAUUUCUUUGGUUGAAAUGAGUUUGAUGUUGUGUUUUAUUCAAUGGCCGAGGUAUGGAGGCUGGGACAUCCCAUGAUAAGAACAUCUCUGAUAAUAUGAAGUCUGGUAUGAAAGAAAUCCAGUGGCCUGCAAAAGCAGACACCAACACCGGUGGGAAGAAAUGAACUGCUUGACCCCAAGCCAGGGCCCAUCGUCUGACAGCAGUGCACUUCUUUCUUGUUUCUGCUUCCAUGUUUCGAGAUCUAGUGGGAAGACUUUCCAGAAAAACGGAAGCUGUUACAGAAGCAGAAAUGUUCACUAAGAGGUUCACUCAGUACACAGUCAGUAAAUCAUUUCUACAUGAACAUCACACAGGGGUGUUAAAUCAUGGAUGAGGAGACGGAGAGUCCAGGGUGGAGAUGGAAAGUCUUAUUAAUGUCAUUAAUGACAUUUGUCAUUUUGGAACAGAAGAUGACCCUCCUCAGAAAGUUACAAUUCUGUAAAAUGUCACUGAACAGUGAUGCAUUCAGUGAUUUUGCCCUCAGCUGAAAUACUGGAGUAUCCUGUUCAUCAGAAGAUGGUGUCAAUAGUGUAGCAGCUGUGUGGAAUGCUAAUGCUAUGGAUUUAUGUCAGUUUGUUUCUUCUCUCUUUGGAGAACCAUGUCUAUGUAGUAGCAGUAUCAGUUUAGCCAUAUGGAUGAUGCUGCAUUUCAGAUUUAAUAGACAUCUGGCAGCAAUGGUGAUGGUAGGCAAUCUUGGCCCCUGGAUUAUAGUUAGUAAGAUCAAGACAUAGUUGUAGCUACAGAUGUGCCUGAAGCUGAAUACCUACCCACUGAAUGAUAGGAAAAAAUAACACAGUCAGUAUUGGUGUCAGCUAGAUAACAGAUGAGUCAGAGGACAUACAAUAUUAUUGUCACACCCCUGGACUAUUAGUGUUGGUUUUUCCCUCAUGUGUCCAUAUAUGGUUGUUCCUGUUCCUGUCCUCGUCAAGUCAUUAUUAGUUAAUCACCAUCACCUCUUUGUGUGUCAUUAGCACCCUUUGGAAG